AUGGAAGUACUGACAGGGGAAGAUGUAUAUGUAUGGGGUCAGACGAAGAAGAAGGACCCCAAUAGGUGUAUAGUAAUAGGGGGAGACUUUGUAGGGUUCUCUGAUGAGGAUGUGGUUGGUAAGACUGGCGCUCUGUACGGAAUAACUAGACCCAUAAUAGUGGAUAAACGGAGGGGAGAAGCGGGAGAAUCAGUUGCCAUAUUAAUAGAAAUAGAAAAGGAACUAGAUGCUAAUUUGAUACCACAUAUGAUGAUGGCAGAUGAGAAUAUGGGGAAGAAAUGGCGCAUCAUAUUACCUGUUAGGAAAGAGAAUGAAGUAGAUGAUACUGGCCCUUCAGGAGCUCCUGUGAACAUCUCAGAGAAGGGGAAAGGAGAUUCAAAUGUAACGGGUGGACAAUUUGAAACAAUAGUAGAUCGAGUUGUUUCCCAACUAGAAAGGUGGCACUACGAGGGGAGUUAUCGUAGGCUAAGAAUUUUUUCGGGCAUUGUACCUGUACCUACAGGGGAAGAAUCAUAUGAAGCUUGGAAAGAGGCUGCAGUACAACAGGCAGAAGAAUGGCAGUGCCCAGAUCAGAUUAAACGUCAGAGGGUGGUAGAGAGUCUCCGGGGUCCCGCUAUGGGAAUAGUGCAAGCGGCUAGGCGAAGCAAUCCCAAUGCUACUUUGGAGACAUAUCUUGAAGCCCUAGACUAUGCUUACGGUACGCUGGAAGAUGUAGGGGACUUAAUAUCUCGACUACACCACACAUUUCAGGAGCCUGGGGAGAAACUAAGUUCAUAUGUGAUUCGGGUGGAUAAACUAUUAUACAAAAUUGUGGAUAAGGGAGGAAUAAGCCGAGAAGAAGUGGAUAAGAGUCGAAUGAAACAGCUGCUCCGAGGGGCUUUGACUACGGACUCGGUUGCACAGAAGCUGAGAUGCUCUGGAACAAGAGAACCUGUUCCUGCUUUCAAUGAGUUGUUGAAGGAGGUAAAGCAGGAAGAAGCGUUAAUAGAGAUGCGAGAGAAGACAAUAAAGAAGAUUAAAGUGGUACAGUCUACAACAGAGAUCAAUUCCCUGGAGGAUAAACUAUUAAAAAUGAUGGAAGAACAAAACAAAAAGAUAGAUCAGUUUAUAGCUACCUACAAUGCUCAUAGUUCUUCCCAGAAUAACUCUCCCAAUGAGAAUGUAAGAGGGAAGAGGAACACAUUCUCAAAUAGAGGAUGUUUCAAGUGUGGGAGGUUUGGACAUAGGGCUUUUGAGUGUAAUAUUAAUCAAAAUAUCUCCCGAGUGCCUAAUAACAGCUCUGGUAGGGAAGAUGCUGACCAGGGAAACGGAGGGGGGAGGCCCGUGGACCCCACACAGGCCUCCUAG